CUUAUCGGAAGUGAUCCUAGGACAGCACCACUGCAGUUCAAAGCUGCAAUUGCACUCUCAGCCUGCCAAAAGGGGAAAAAAAUUAUUCAAUGAUAUUUUAGAAUCCAAUCUAGGGAAAUCCUAUCAAAUGCAGCUUCCUCCAAACUAAAUACAAUGACAAACCUCCCCCUACCUCCUUGAGGACACAAGAAAGGGCAUAAAAAAAAUUAAAAAAUUUUUUUUUAAAAAAAAUGCUGAAAAUUGACCAAAGGUUCUUGAUAGAAUAUAUGUUCCAGCAGAUUCAAAAAUUAGUUAGUUAGUUGAUUGGUUAGUUACUAGUUUAGUUAGUUACUUGUUAGAUGUUAGUUAUUCUAGUUAGCCGCCCACACUAGUGUCUAUAAAUACAAGACUUUGUAUACCUUUUAGUUCAUUGGAUUGUUGUAUUCCAAUCCCUCCUUUGAUGGAGUGUCAUCUUCCUCCUUUGAUGGAGUGUUAUUUUCCUCCUUUCAUGGAGUUAUGGAGUUUAAUACAUUAUUUGAAUUCAAGAAUUUAACAUGGUAUCAGAACAUAAUUGCUUCCUACUGCUGCCUUCAUUUUUUCAGCAUUUUACUGGUGAAGGCUGAUACUCUCACACCUUCUUUCUCCCACUAAAAACCCCAUCCCUCUCUCAAAGAAGCGAGAUCUGUCAGUUCAGAGUCUAUGGCCGCCUUUGCUCCUACAAGUCAGGCUGCUGACCUGCUACAGAAAUUGUCUUUGGACACACAGGCGAAAACUCUGGAAAUUCCAGAGCCAACCAAAAAGCCUUCUUUUGAUUCUGGCAACGUGACUGCUGGACACAAUCAAUCUAGGGAUGGGUCUUUGACUCCCAUGCUAUCGGGUCUCAUUGAUCAGUCUAUGUGCUAUCUUCCUAAUGGCUACCCUUCUACUGCAUACUAUUAUGGCGGCUAUGAUGGGACUGGUAGUGAGUGGAAGGACUACACACCAUAUGUGAAUUCAGAGGGAGUAGAAGUCACGCCUGGAGUUUAUGGGGAUAAUGGGUCUUUAAUGUAUCACCAUGGCUAUGGCUAUGCUCCUUAUGGGCCAUAUUCUCCUGCUACUACACCUAUUCCAACUGUCGGACAUGAUGGUCAACUCUAUGAAGUUCAACACUGCCAGUACCAUACCCCCUUUUUCCAGUCAGCAACAAGUGGUCCAUAUCCUACUCCUGCUGCCUCUACCAAGGGUGACAUAUCGGCCUCUGCAGCUGCUGACCAAGCAUCUUUAUCAGUGGCUACUGCAGAUGCAAAAUCUCAUGGCACUGCUAAUAGUGGGAGCAUAAAGAAAAAUAAUUGCUUGAAUGCUGCCAAACCUACAUAUCCAAAUUCGUCUUAUGGUUUUAAUGGCAUGUAUGGAUAGGGUGGCUUUCCUGGAGGAAUUCCUGCUUCUGGUUAUCAGGACCCAAUAUUUUUAUUCGAUGAUUCACGGUCACCAAUUUCAUGGUUGGAUGGGUCCUUCAUGUCAGAUGGGCAGCCCACGCCUGUAACUGGCUCUUCUAUGACUUCCUCCAUAUCAAAUGGAAAUGGCCUUCCCUCAUCAAGGAAUCAGAAUUUCCGCCGUAAUCUUAUGGGUUUGCACCACCCAAGGCCAAUGUCUGAUUCUUGGAUCUUUUUGUUCUUGGCCCCUUGUUCAACGUUUUCCUUAAUCUUCAAGAUGGACUAUUGUUGAUCUCCAUAGUCCAUCUUUAGGGGGGUGGGAGGUGUUAGGAUAUAUGUUCCAGCAGAUUCAAAAAUUAGUUAAUUUGUUGAUUGUUUAGUUACUAGUUAGUUUAGUCAGUCAGUUGUUAGAUGUUAGUUAUUCUAGUUAGCCGCCCACACUUUGUCUAUAUAUACAAAACUUUGUAUGCCUUUUAGUUCAUUGGAUUGUUGUAUUCCAAUCCCUCCUUUCAUAAAGGUUCAUCUUCCUCCUUUCAUGGAGUGUCAUCUUCCUCCUUUGAUGGAGUGUUAUUAGUGUAUUUUGUUCUUCUCUUUUUAUGAAGUUUAAUACAUUGUCUGAAUUCAAGAAUUUAACAGUUCUCUCACCCACAAAUAAUCUAUGACAAGUUGUUUAAGAAUAUAUCAGAGCUCGUUACUGAUAAUCUUCGCAUUACCAUAUCUGGAAAUAAACUUAGCAAGUAAAAGAUGUAUCUAAAGUAUGCAUAAAAUGAGUAGUUUGACACUUUGACUAUCACGUUCGUCAACAUCAAAUUAUUGGUUGAUGAGGAUUUACAAAUUAAAUAUGUCUAGCAAGUAAUAUUUUUAUCCUAUGCAAAAAGAGGAAAAAGUGUCAUCAAGGAAGAGGAGAUGCAAGCAGUCAUUGUAUCACAAGAAACAUAAAGUGAUGCUUAAACCCUAAAAGCAAGCCCAGAACAAAAUAUUAGGACAAGAACAAAGUUCUCUCUUAAGCACUUUGUGAACCAAAUAUGCUUAAAAUACAUUCUCCAUUUGCAUGGAAAAAAAUGAGCUCUUUGACGUGUCUAAAAAUGGUAAAACUAAAAUCUACAUCCACUCUGCAAAAAAUGGCAAUAAUAAUAUUAUCGGCAACCAGGAUAAUCAAGAAUCUUGGAUUGACGUAUAAAAAAAAUCCAAAAACCAUAUCCAAUGACCUUCACCCCCGAAUUCCUUCACUUUUUCGUCUUCCUUCAAUUGCAAGGUAAGAUUUCAUUGUAAAUUGACUAUGCACACAGUAGCAACUGAAACUUGAAAGUGACAUGAAGGUUAUAUUUUCAGCACAUAUAAUUUCUGAUCGUUAUAAAUGUUAUAAAAUCCUCAAACAGUAGGCAGUUAGUUAAGCGUUGAGAUCAAAACUCAGUAAG